AAGACACCAUGCAGAGGAGGACUUUCAUAACGAGCCUUGCGAGGGACCUAGUAAAGCCGCAUAUUCUACAUAGAGCUUCUAUUCAGACCCUCUCACUCCCGUUGAGGACCAGCAUCAGGGCUGUCGCCGGUGUAGAACUUCCUGAGCCAAACCCCCCACCAGUUGUCGAGGGACGAAAACCAAGGUGUCACUACUGCCCUGUCAGGAAAAACAGGUUUACUCCAUACAAAUGCUCAGCUUGUGAAAGAUCCGUAUGCAAGGAGCACACUGCCAAAACAAGCUAUUGGUGCCACAACUGUGCAGCAGAAGGGAACUAGAUCUAAGUUUUUGUUUCUUGUAUUAGUUUCCACUUCACAUGCAUUAUUUUUACAUUAUCAAUUUAAUUUAGAAUGUCUUAAGUAAUAAAAAACAUUUCCUUAGUAACUGAAAAAAAUUAUUUCAACCUUCUGCAUGUGUAAGUAAAUGGGGAUAAAUUAAUAAAAUUAAAAAAAUCCAAUAGUUAGUAAUUAUUUUUGUUAUUAAUUUUUUUAAAUUGCCUGACACUUGUAAAAUACAAAUUAACUUAUCAGGAAACAGGUACAAAUUGCAUUAUAAGUGCAAGUUAAGAUUUAAAAGCAAUAGAGAGCAAAU